AAACACAUUCAUCAUCACAAAUCUCUUCUUCUUCUAUACUCUCACAUCAAUUAUUCCAAAGGCUCCUCUCUUCUCUCCUAAGUGGUCUUUCUUCCGGGCAAGAAAAAAGAUGAAUCUCAAGUCGUUUAGGAGUGAUCAUGGAACCCUUCAUUCUAUGAUCGGAACUGAUCUCAACGAGCUCACCAUCGCUGCUCAGAACUUAGCUAGCCAUGCCUUCACGCUUACUGGUUUAGGUUUUGGUACCUCUGUUCUUGAAUGGAUUGCUUCUAUCGCCGCCAUAUACUUGUUGGUGUUGGAUCGAACUAACUGGAAGACGAAUAUGCUCACAUCUCUUUUGAUUCCUUACAUCUUCUUCAGUGCUCCUUCCUUGAUCUUUGGUAUCUUCAGAGGAGAAAUUGGUAAAUGGAUUGCGUUUGUAGCUGUCAUUGUACAACUCUUCUUUCCCAAACACGCCAGAGAGUACUUGGAAUUACCGGUGGCUUUGGUUCUAAUCGCCGUGGUGGCACCAAAUUUAGUUGCCGGAACAUUCAGAGACAGUUGGAUUGGUUUAGCCAUUUGCUUAGGGAUUGGAUGUUACUUGCUCCAAGAACACAUUAGAGCUUCAGGUGGUUUCAGAAACGCCUUCACUAAACCCAAUGGUAUCUCCAACACUGUUGGAAUCAUUUGUCUCGUUGUCUUCCCCGUUUGGGCUCUUAUCUUUUAAGCCAUCAUCACUUCAUAACUUCUUCAGUUUCUUUUUCUUCUGUUAGUUUUUUUUCGUCUUCCAUGUAAGAGUGAUUGCUUCGUAAGAUUCUGUCUAAGUCGUAACUAUCAAUGAUUGUGAUUUCAAUAAGAAUUGCUUCAGAAAUAAAGAUAUGGUCAUGUGGUGUUAGUGUU